AACUCAUCAAUAUUUGCUUUAUUGAACUCGUGAGAGCGUCUUAUCAGACUCGUACCCAUAAUAAAAGUAUUAUUUCAUACAAAAUACAGCAUUUAUUGUGAGUGAUUGUGCCAGCAUAAAAAGCAUACAAGAUAUUUAUAAGGUCGACGGUGUUGGUUUUAAAAUAGUUGAUUACUUUUAACGAAAUAUAUAAAUCGUUAUGCAGAAUUUACCUACUAAAUUAUUUACGGGCGGGUUGAUAUUGCUCUUUGGAACAAUUUGUAUCUUUUGGGUAGUGGUACCCGGAGCCAUCAAAUGGAAGGUUACACAGACGCUCCGAUUCGAAGAUGGAAAUGAAAUUUUCGAAGAGUUUACCAACAUCAAAGUCGAGAUUCUAUUUAAAGUGUUCAUUUUCAACGUUACUAAUCCCGAUGACGUCGCCAGUGGGAAAAGCUUGCCGAAACUGGAUGAAAUCGGCCCUUAUGUUUAUGAAGAGAAGCGAACAAAUAUUCCUGUCCACCUCGACCCGGAAAAUGAUACUUUCACAUAUCAGUCCACCGUCGUGUUCCACUUUCGUCCAGAUCUUUCUGCUGGAUCCGACGAAGACGUGAUUACAGUUUUAAACGUUCCGAUUGUGGCUGUCGCUAAUGAGCUCAACAACUGGUCUCGAAUGAUUCGUUACAUGGCGAAAGCAUACAUCACCUCGUUCCAAGAACCUCUGUUUGUGGAAAGGAAGGUGAGAACGGUACUGUUUGACGGCGUACAUCUCGAACUCAUCGAGUCAGUGUCAGAUAUUUUGGGAAUGAACUACCUCCCAAAUAAUACGUUUGGUUACUUUUAUGAGAAAAAUGCGACAAUCACGCCAAAUUACGUGGUUCAUGCUGGGGUGCAGGAUAAUUCAAAAUUUGGGAAAAUUAUUACAUGGAAAGGACAGGAAAAGUUGGACAUUUGGAACGGAGAACAUUGCAAUAUGAUUAACGGUUCGGAUACCAGUCUUUACCCCCCAUUCAUAACGAAGGAUAGCAUACUCAGGGGUUACGAAGCCGACAUCUGUCGCUCAGUGUACAUGGUGUUCAAAAAGGAGGACCAGGUGAACGGCAUUAACGGCCUGCGCUUUGGUUUACCUGAAGACUUCUUUGACGGCAAUAGUUCCUACAACGAAUGCUUUUGCUCGGAAAGUGAUAAAUCCAAGUGUCCUAAAAAUGGAGCCUUGUCGAUAUCAGCAUGCCGUUGGGGAGCCCCUCUAUUCAUUAGCCACCCUCAUUUUCUUUACGGAGACCCUUCGUACAACGAGCUCACUGGGCUGAGUCCAGGGAUACCUGAAAUUCACGAAUCGUAUGCCAUUCUGGAACCGACGACUGGUGCCGUACUUAAAGGAUCACGAAGAAUGCAGCUCAAUAUUCAAAUGAGAAAAUCUAAAGAUAUUCCAGAGUUGAAUAAUGUUCAGGAUGCUUUGGUGCCCUUGUUUUGGGUUGACGAUGCUGCUGUCCAACCAGAUCGAACUCUUGACGAUUUGAGGUGGCGAAUGGUAAUACCGCUGAAGGUGGUAGAAGUUUCAAAGUGGUUCAUGCUAUGCUCAAGUUCAAUUCUCAUACUUGUCGCCAUUUCAAUUUUCAUGCUGCGAUCAAAGAACAAAAAGCCCGUCGAAUACUACUGAUUACGUACUUCACCUCAACUAACUAAAUAAUUCCUAUGUAAAAUACUCAUAUUUACAGACAAGUAGUGUCUCAAAAGAUUACCAGAAAAUACUUGUCAGACUGCCAACUGUGAUAUUAAUGUACAAUAAUUUUACCUCGUUGACUAGUUUAAUAUUUUGUUUCGAUUAAAAAUACGUUUUCUCACGUCCGCUCAUA